AAUGUUUUCUUUACUCCUUUAAGCUAAAGUCCACAUUUGAAUACGAAGCGAUCAAGAAGAGCUAACUUUAAACGUCUUAAUGUCAACUUUUCGCCAGACCCGAUGUUUACGUCUCGCUUACUUAGGAAACGUUGGGUUUUAGCUGUGAUAUUCGCUUGUUCCUUUAUCUAUUUUAUCGUCAGACUUUUGAGACCGGAGGACAAAGGUUGGCUGACUGACGAAUAUGAAGUGAAACACACGCUCCUUCGUCAACCAUUUCAAUGGCAACCAAACAUUGGUGACGAUGAGAAUGGAACUAAGGUGCUGAAAUGUCGGAAUUCCAUUCAAGGAAUACAAAUAAUAGCAGAUGACAGAGGUUAUGUAUGCGAGCGGUCAGCUAUCUUGACUGGUGGCUGCUGUGAUGCCUCUGUGCCGCAAACCAGUCGCUAUAACUGUAACAGUUGCCAGGAGAACCACUGCUGUGUCAUCUAUGAGUACUGUGUUUCCUGCUGUUUGCAUCCUGACAAGCAACAAAUCCUAAAGAAGAUCCUGAAGCAACCAAUUAACACAUACAGUCAGUUAUUUUCAUCUCUGAAGGACCAUUACGAGUUAUGUCUCAUGAAGUGUCGUACUUCCUCACAGGUAAACUUCUCAUUGAUGUAG